GCAAUGGGGAUUAACCCUUUCGAAAAUACGUUUCAUAAACCAUUCUGAAAAUUCCCAUUUUCCCUUUCAGUGCAGGCGAGGGUCGUUUUGAGAGCACAAAGCCUGUUAUAGAUAAUUUGAUAAAGCCCCAUUUAAAGAGUUGUAAGCCCUCAGAAGUCGCUCGCCACAACGCCAUGAUUGUCGGUAAGGAGAUGUAUCCCUCGCAGGAGGACUUGCUCUACGAAGAGGAGGUUCUCCGCAACCCAUUCAGCCUUAAGCUCUGGUGGCGCUACCUCAUCGCGCGUUCCGAUGCCCCCUUCAAGAAGCGAUUCGUCAUCUACGAACGAGCCCUCAAGGCUCUUCCUGGUAGCUACAAGCUCUGGUACGCCUAUCUUCGCGAACGUCUCGACCUCGUUCGCAACAUCCCAGUCACUCACUCUCUCUUCCAAGCCCUAAACAACACUUUCGAACGCGCCCUUGUCACCAUGCACAAAUUGCCGCGCAUUUGGAUUAUGUACCUCCAAACCCUCACCGACCAGAAAUUGCUCGCCCGAACUCGCCACACCUUCGACAGAGCACUCUGCGCCCUCCCGGUUACCCAGCACGAUCGCAUUUGGGAACCCUACCUCGUGUUUGUGAGCCAAAAGGGUGUCCCUAUAGAGACCUCUCUUAGGGUUUAUCGCAGGUACUUGAAAUACGACCCUACUCAUAUUGAAGAUUUCAUUGAAUUUUUGGUUAAUUCGAGUCUUUGGCAAGAGGCAGCGGAGCGGUUAGCUUCAGUUUUGAACGACGAUGAGUUUUAUUCUAUUAAGGGAAAGACCAAACAUAGGCUGUGGUUGGAGUUGUGUGAUUUGCUUACUAGGCAUGCCACUGAAGUCUCUGGGUUGAAUGUGGAUGCCAUAAUUAGGGGUGGGAUUAGGAAGUUCACCGAUGAGGUUGGGCGGUUGUGGACCUCGCUUGCUGAGUAUUAUAUUAGGAGGAAUUUGCACGAAAAGGCUAGGGAUAUAUUUGAGGAGGGUAUCAUGACCGUGGUUACUGUGAGGGAUUUUAGUGUGAUUUUCGAUUCGUACUCGCAGUUUGAAGAGAGUAUGCUUGCUCAUAAGAUGGAAAGUGUGAGUUCAAGUGAUGAGGAGGAGGAGGGUGAAGAAGAAAAUGAUGUUGAUGAUGAUGAAGAUGUUCGGUUGGAUUUGAACUUAUCAGUGGCCAAACUUGAGAAGAAGAUACUUAAUGGGUUCUGGUUACAUGAUGCCAAGGAUAUAGAUUUAAGGAUUGCCCGAUUAGAGGAUCUCAUUAAUAGACGACCAGAAUUGGCUAAUAGUGUUCUGUUACGCCAAAAUCCUCAUAAUGUGGAACAGUGGCACCGAAGGGUGAAGCUGUUUGAGGGUAAUCCCACGAAGCAAAUAUUGACUUACACUGAGGCAGUGAGGACGGUUGACCCUAAUAAAGCCGUGGGAAAGCCUCAUACGUUGUGGGUUAAUUUUGCCCGGCUUUAUGAGAACCACAAAGAUAUUGACAAUGCUAGAGUUAUAUUUGACAAGGCUGUGCAAGUGAACUACAAGACCGUGGAUCAUUUGGCUACUUUGUAUUGUGAAUGGGCUGAAAUGGAACUGAGGCAUAAGAAUUUCAAAGGAGCACUUGACUUGAUGAGGCGGGCUACAGCAGAGCCCUCAGUAGAGGUUAAACGAAGAGUGGCUGCUGAUGGUUCUGAACCAGUUCAGAUAAAGCUCUACAAGUCCUUGAGACUUUGGACCUUCUACGUUGAUUUGGAAGAGAGCUUGGGUACCUUGGAAUCUACCCGAUCAGUGUACGAGCGGAUACUGGAUCUAAGAAUAGCCACGCCACAAAUUAUUCUCAACUAUGCAUUUCUGCUGGAAGAGCAUAAAUACUUUGAAGAUGCAUUCAAGGUAUAUGAAAGAGGUGUGAAGAUUUUCAAGUAUCCACAUGUUAAAGACAUAUGGGUUACAUAUCUAUCAAAAUUUGUGAAGAGAUAUGGAAAGACAAAACUGGAGCGGGCAAGAGAGCUGUUCGAGCAUGCUGUUGAAACAGCCCCUGCUGAUGCAGUAAAACCUUUGUAUCUUCAAUAUGCAAAGCUGGAGGAGGAUUAUGGUCUGGCAAAGCGAGCAAUGAAAGUCUAUGAUCAAGCAACUAAAGCUGUUCCAAACAAUGAGAAAUUGAGCAUGUAUGAAAUUUACAUUGCUCGAGCAGCAGAGAUCUUUGGUGUUCCAAAAACAAGGGAAAUAUAUGAGCAAGCAAUAGAGUCUGGUCUCCCAGACAAAGAUGUGAAGGCUAUGUGCUUGAAGUAUGCAGACCUUGAAAAGAGCUUGGGUGAAAUUGAUCGUUCUCGUGGAAUAUUUGUAUUUGCUUCCCAAUUUGCAGAUCCACGUUCUGAUGGGGAUUUCUGGAAUAAAUGGCAUGAGUUUGAGGUGCAGCAUGGAAAUGAAGAUACCUUCAGGGAAAUGCUUCGCAUUAAAAGGAGUGUUUCUGCGAGCUAUAGUCAGACGCAUUUUAUAUUGCCUGAGUAUAUGAUGCAAAAGGAUCAGAGGUUGAACCUUGAUGAUGCAAGAGACAAGUUGAAACAAGCAGGGGUCGCUGAAGAUGAAAUGGCUGCUCUCGAAAGGCAGUUGGCUCCUGCAGCCAGCAAUGCUAAAGACAGCAGCAGAAAAGUGGGCUUUGUGAGUGCUGGUGUCGAAUCACAGUCUGAUGGUGGCAUAAAAGCUCCUGCAAAUCAUGAAGAUAUAGAACUGCCAGAAGGAAGUGAUUCAGAUGAGGAUGAAAAGGUUGAAAUUGCGCAGAAAGAUGUUCCAUCAGCAGUUUUUGGAGGUUUGGUUCAUAAGAGAGAUGAGGCUGAGAAAGAUGGGGAAGAUCAGAACAAAGAUAAGGAUGGUGACAGCCGCCUGGGUGCUCUUGAGAGAAUAAAGAGGCAAAAGCGAGCGUGAGUGAAUUACAACGUGCGGGCUUCCAGUGUUGUAGCCACUACUAAUUUCACACAAGAGCCGACCUUUGUAUCAUCGAGGAAACACGUUCCUAAAAAAUGUAAUUUUUCUUUUCCUGAGAAAUUUUACUCGAAAUUGUAUGUUAGUAAAUUAUGCAUUCCGUAUUCCCGCCCAAUUUUUAUCUGGUGAGAUUACCGCAAGAAGAUUGAAAGAAUAGAGUUAUUCAUCUCUCUUCUUCUGCCUCUUGCUUUAGAGACAAAAUUAGGGCUGUAAGCGAGUCAGAGUCAAACUAGGUCUUGAAUUCUCAAGUUUUGUUCGCUUAUGUUGUUUUCAAACACAAGCUGAGUUUGAUGUGU